UCGCCUGCUUUCGCACUUGGCGUAAAACCUGAAGGCGCCUUCACCUGAAAUCCUGAAAGCUAUGCUCUGCGGUGUUUCUGCCGCUAGAACAAGUUCCCCCAAGAUCCAGUAGGAGGAGCAUGGCAGAAGCGGCGGCCGUCGGCCGUCCUCGCCUCCCUGAGGAGAUCGUCACCUGGGAGAUUCUCAUCCGCCUGCCGCCGAAGCCACUCGUCCGCUGCCGCGCCGUCUGCCGCUCCUGGCACCGCCGCCUCACCUCCGACGCCAAAUUCCUCCUCGCCCACCACCGCCGCCAGCCCUCGCUCCCUCUCGUCACCACCGGAGAAACCCAUGAGAGAAGGAUCGACGCCCUGGACCACCGCACCCGCGAGCGGCGCCCUGUCGCGCGGGCGGCCACCGCCGAGGACCUCGACGUGCUCGCCUCCUGCGACGGCCUCCUCAUCCUCGUCGCCUACGGCGGCCUCCACAUCUGCAACCCGGCGACUCGCCAGCGCGCUCCUCUCCCGCUGCUUCACGCCGCCUGCAUCUCCGGGCUGUACCCUCACCGCCCAUCGGGGUCGUACCGAGUGCUGUGCUGCUUGAAGAGAGCCGAGGACGACCGUGCCGUGUACCACGUGCACACCGUCGGAUCCGACGAGCUCAGGUGCGUCGGGCAGCCUCUCGAUCCGUGGGCGUCCGGGCAUCAGGUGCAUGCGCUGCCGAUGAUGCUCUCUUGGCACCCGCUCGUGCUGGCAGACGGCAGAUUUUACUGGCACCCCGUGCAUUUGCCUGGUGGCAGCGGCAAGGUCAACGACAUGCUGGUGUUCGACACCGUGGCCGAGUCUUUCCAGCAUAUGAUUUCCCCCGUUGAGGGCCCCCUUCUUGAGCUGUUUGAGAUGAAUGACACCCUUGGAUUGUAUGCCUUCCGUGGUGGCACAGCUGAUCUUUGGGUGCUGCAGGAUCACCACAGCUGGGCCUGGUCAAUGAAGCACCGGAUCAAAUUGCAGGUGGUGGCCUUCUCUCUAGUGCCGGACAUCCAAGGAGAUUUGCUCCUCCUUUCUCGAAAGGGGAAGACAGGCAUUCGGUGGCAAUAUCUGCAGUAUAUUUCUGGUGCCGAUGGCAGUUUGUCCACACGGUAUGAAUGGAGCGUGUUUCUGAAUCUUAAGAAACAUAGGUUCAGAGAAAGCCUUGUUCCGCAUUCCUUCUUCUUGAUGGAUGGCAAUAAUGAUGGUGGUGUGGAUGAAAAGCCGUUGUUCGACGGGUUGUCAACUGUGGCGGUGCUUCCUGAUGAUAAUUCUGAGCUUCACUACGGAACCCGUGAUGGACAAGUCCGGUGAAUCAUCGCAGGAGCCUUCUCAAAGUGAAUGGUAGCAGUAAGAUGGCAAGAUUACAUGACGAUGGAAAUACAUUUCUCCCCCAUCUUGACACCACUUCUUGUUUUGUUAAUCUUGAUACACUGCUUGCGUGUGUAGACACAUCCUAGAAACGUUCCAGAAAUUUUUAUCUAUAGGAUCAUGUAUGGUAUAUGCCAGGUACUCCCUUCGUCUCAUAAUGUAAGACGUUUUUGCAAACUAACAUAGCUUGCAAAAACCUAGCUAAUGUUGCCUCCUUCGUACCAAAGUA